GUGAAACGCUUGAGUUGGACGAGUGCAUGGUAGCGCACUCGGAGAAGGUCCGCGCGUCCAAGGUUUUGGCGUCGGCGAAGGCCCUCGGGCUGAAUGUGCACGAUGCCGACUUGCACCGGGCGCUGAAGACGCACAACGCGCCGCACGACCACGUGUUUGAUAAAAACCUCAACUCGACCGCCCGCUUGUUCCUGCGGAAUGUGGCCAAGCAUAAAGCAACCCCGAAGAUGCCCAAGGUCGCCGCGCACGUCAGUUCUCCGCCUGCCGUGCGGUGUAAAACGAUCCUCCUCGUGGACUCGGACCGCCAACGACGAGAUGACUUGACGACCACCAUGUCGUCACGAUUCAAAGUCGUCGUGGCCGGGUCCACGAAAGACGCGCUCCAAGUCCUCCAGAUGAUAAAUGUGCACGUUGUCCUCGCGCGGCUGCGCUUCCAGAAGGACACAGCGAUCGACUUCAUCCACACAUGUCGAGAGAAGCACAUGACAGUGCCCAUUGCUUUGCACACCUCCAGCGUCGUGGGCCAUGAGGCAAUGCUGGCAGAAUGUGUGGACGCUGGCGCGUGCGGGUUCUUCGAAGAUUCAUUGCCCUCCGAAAUCCUCUGCUAUCGCUUGCUCGAAUUGACCGCGUCGUUCCACGUCACGGACGCCGAAUGGCGCGAAUUCAUGCCCCAGCCGGCGAAUGUGCCGCGCACAAGCCAUCGCGCAUCCGCAGUGCCCCAGCCCAUCCAACACACAGUGAGCGCGCGAUCUCUUCUGUCCUCGUCGAGCGGAUUUCGACGGUCGAGCAAGGUUCCAUCGACGCUGACCGAGCUUGAUGAAAACGGCGGCGGGAUGGCAGAAGGUGGCAGCCCCAACGACGGUUGCAUGUCCACGAUUGACAUGCAGAUCCAAGACCGGCAGAACUUUCUCACAAAGCAGGAGCAGAUUCAAAAAGUGAUGACCAUCCAACACUCGGUGCUUGGCCUCCGUCGGUCCGAUUCAGAUGACGCGCAGAACGAACAGCCGUCGACGCCCGCGCCAUUGAACCCAGACCUCCUUCGCAACGAAGCCGCGGCGCCGACGCACGAUCAAAUCAUCGAGUGCAUGUACACCCGGCCGCAUGUCGUCGCGACGCAAGCCCAGGAACACGACUACGCCAUUCGCACACGCCCACCCCGCGAUGCCGUGCCUCAAGAGCCCCUCCUGACGCACUGCAUCAUCGUCGACCCAUCCACGUUGUGCGACUCCAAGACGGUGCUCAAGCGCAUCAACCGAGCCUACCUGGCGCUUCAGGUCGGCGAGUACGACAGGGCCAUUCAGUGGUGCACGGCGUCGCUGAAAGCCGAGCCAAAUCAUUUGACCAAGUGGUGCCACUUGCUGCGUGGCAGCGUCCACGACUUGUUGGGCGACUACACCGACGCCCUCGCCGAUUUCGACGCCGCAACUCGCAUCGAUCCGGCGUUUCAUCAAGCGCAUUUUAAUCGGAGUGUGAGUUUGCUCAAGGUCGGCAAGGACGACCUCGCCCUCGACGCCAUCGUCGCCGCCCAAGAACUCGCCGUCGGCAAGGCGGAUGGACACCCUGUCCCGACGGAAUACGUCCGCAAUCAUGCGUUGAUUCUGCGUCGGAUGGGGCGGUACGAUGAGGCGCGCCUGGUCUAUGCCACCCUGGGCUCCACUUCGGUAGUAGCGACAGCGUCCGGUGCGCCGACUGCCGCCGGCGAGGUGGCCCAGACCGAGGCCGCUGCUCGAACCGGCGGGCUCGGAUAUGACAGCGAGAAAGAACAAUCUUUGGAGCAUAUGCUAGGAAACGCAGGGUUCACGGGCGGGCUCUUUGACGCCCUCUUUUGCCAAUCGAAGGACGAAAAAGCUGCGUGCCGCGCUGCCCCCGAGACGAGGUCCCCCGCCAUGCUCGAUCUCCUUCAAUCCCGCUUGCACCAAUACGAUUUCUUCGCACGAUGCCCGCCAGAUAUCCUUCGAAACGUGUGUCAAGCCCUCCAUUACGUCGUCGUGCGCAGCGGCGACACGUUUUACCUGGCUCACGACAACCCUCACGCCUUCUACGUGUGUGUGAGCGGGACGCUGAGCGUCCACGCAAACUUGACGCUCGCUGGGCAAGACCUGGACACGAUGGCCUCCUCGAGCACGCAUCGCCUGCGCACUGGCGACGUUUUUGGUAAGCAGGUCUGCCUGUUGAUGAACACGCAGUCCCGGGGCAUGCUGGCAAACGCAAUGGAUGGCUGGUAGGCUGCGUGGGAGCAAGCAUCUCGUCGCUGAUGCUGUACCUUGCGGACGAGCGGACUGAAAUCAUGUACUUGACGCCCGCCGCGUUCAAAGCAACGUUGGAAGGGCAAUGGCUCGUCGAGCAACACGCCCGGUUCAACGUAUUCCGGCGGUCCCCUGUCUUCCGCAUGCUCUCCGACAGCGACCUCGGCCACGUCGUGAGCCAUAGCAUCCUCGUUCGAUUCCACAAAGGCGACGUCAUCGUCGCGCAGAAUGAGCUGCCCAAGCGACUUUACGUGCUGUACAAGGGCAUUUGCCGCGUUGAGCAGUCGUUUGCGCACGCGGCGGCUCCGGACACGACAGAACAAGAUGUCGUCGACCCGCAAGGCGCCAUGACGCCGUUGACCUCAUCGGCAACUGCCCUUCUAGCCCCCAUCAAACCUUACCAUCGAUACUUGGACGUCCUGAACUGGCCGUUGGGCUUUCAGAUUCAUCCAAAGCUGUCGACCAAGGCUGCCAACCGACCGACUUCUCCUGGCACGCCUUCCAGUCCAGGGAGGCCACCCUUGCCUGCCAACGUGCCAUCGCCACAGCCCCUCCCCACGAUCACACACGACAUCUAUCCCCCCGCUCUCUUUGGAGAAUCGGCGUACAAAAAUGUACCUGAAAAGGCGAAAUGUUCGGUCGUUGCGUCGACCUUGGUGGAAGCUCUGGCCGUCGACAUGCAUCAACUCAAAUCACUCAACUUGGCCAAAGAGGUCUUCGCAGCCGUGGUGUCGAACGCCCCGCUGUAUGUGGACGUUGCCAAAGCGCGCAAGAUGUACGCGAGCCACAAGCAAUGGACCAGUGUACGGGGCAAGGAAGCCCUCCAAGUCAACAAGACGCGGUGGCCUGUGCACAAGGAGCGGCUCCGCUACAUCCCGAACGGUGGGUCCAUUGUCGUCCCCAACUGCAACAUCGCGACGGAUAACACAGUCAAGCGAUGACGACUGGACGACGCACUUGAAGGACACCAUACAAAAAUAAUGUGCAGUAACAAUGCUCAAUCAGCCACAUGCUAGCAGCAGCAUCGUCGCGGGAAUCGACACACGUCCGCGCCGCCAUCGUCGCGGCGGGCAUUGCGCGUCGACGAUCCUCGUAAUUUCAUUGGCU